AUGUCCGGCAUGGAACUAGUCGCGGCUCCGAUUGUCAGUGUAGCGGUCGAAGAAACUGGUCGGCCUCUCUGUCGCUGUAUCUAUUCUACGAUCAAGAACAUUGUCAAAAGCCCAGUACAACAGCUUGAUCUAUUGGAAAGCCAUAUGAAAUCCCUUAUGGUUCGUAGAAAUGAUGCAGCAAAAGAAAUGGAAUUUGCUAAGAGAGAAGGAAGGGUAAUAAAAGGUCAAGCCAAUGCGUGGGUUGGGGAGGUUGACGAGCUGAAGCGUAAGUGUGAUCAGAUUCAAAAAGCAAAGAGUUCCCGAUGUUUCUUAAGUUGCAUUCCUAAGCGGUAUAGAAUAAGCACGAAGGUGGCAGAACAUCUCAAAGAGAUAGAAAGGCUUUUAGAAGUGGGCAGUUCCCUUGCUGGUUCCGUGGCUUUUAAUUAUUCAGAGGUCAAAAAAGUGGAGCAUAUUCCUGGACCUUCAAUUCAAGAUCAAACAACAUCAGUAUCAGAAGAUGUAGACAAAAUUAUGACUCUAUUGUCUGAAGAUAAAAACAGGAUAAUUGGUAUAUGGGGGAUGGGAGGAGUCGGCAAAACUAAUCUGGUGAGAAAUUUGAACAAUAAGCUGCUCGAAAAUAAUUCAAAUCUGCGUUUUAGCUGUGUAAUAUGGGUUACAGUGUCCAAGAAUUUGGACAUAAAAGGGGUCCAGAUGAGAAUAGCUUCCAGACUGCGUUUGAAGCUGGAAGAAAGUUCGGGGUCGGAUGGAAUGGCUACACAACUUCAUCAAAGCCUACUAAAGGAGGAACGUUUUCUUCUUAUUCUCGAUGAUGUUUGGGAGAAAAUUGAUUUGGACAAAUUGGGUGUCCCACGGCUUGAAGAUCCUAGGGGUAGUAAGAUCAUAUUGACAUCUAGAUCUUUGGAUGUAUGUAGGAACAUGAUGCUGACUGAUGUUGACAUUAAAGUGAGCGUUUUGAGGGAUGAAGACGCUUGGCAACUAUUUAGUCGAUAUGCGACGGAUGUGGUUAGUUUAGAACAUAUCACACCACUUGCUGAGGCAAUUUGUAAAGAGUGUAAGGGAUUCCUUUGGCCAUCAUCACCAUGGGAGCUGCAAUGA